AUGAGCGCAACCGUCGUGCUUGGCGCGCAAUGGGGCGAUGAAGGAAAGGGCAAGCUCGUCGAUAUCCUUUCCGCCGAUUUCGACAUCUGCGCGCGAUGCGCUGGGGGGAACAAUGCCGGGCACACGAUUGUAGUGCCCAUCGGCCCAGAGAAGGUCAACAAGACGUUUGCGUUCCAUCUCCUUCCAAGCGGCUUGGUGAACCCCACAUGCACGGGAAUUAUUGGCAAUGGUGUCGUUGUGCACGUCCCCUCGUUCUUUGCGGAGUUGGAUGCAUUGCAGCAGCAAGGCCUUGACUGUACCGGACGCCUGUUCAUCUCCGACCGCGCCCACCUGGUCUUCGACUUCCACCAGAUCGUUGAUGGGUUGAAGGAGGUCGAGCUCGGCGGGUCGAGCAUCGGUACGACCAAGAAGGGCAUCGGUCCGGCAUAUUCGUCGAAGGCGUCGCGCUCCGGCCUCCGCGUCCACCACCUGUUUGACCAUGACACCUUCGCGCAGAAAUUCCGUAAGCUUGUGGAGAACCGCUUCAAACGGUACGGCCACUUCGAGUACGAUACCGAAGGAGAGAUUAUACGGUACAAACAACUGGCAGAGCGAUUGCGGCCCUACGUCAUUGACAGCGUCGUAUACAUCCACAAGGCGCUGGCGGAGAACAAGAAGGUGCUCGUCGAAGGUGCCAAUGCGCUUAUGCUAGACAUCGACUUCGGAACGUACCCCUUCGUCACGUCGUCUUCGACAACCAUUGGCGGUGUAUGUACCGGAUUGGGCAUCCCCCCGAAGAAGAUUGGCAAGACCAUAGGCGUGAUAAAGGCGUACACCACGCGUGUUGGUGGCGGCCCUUUUCCCACCGAGCAGCUGAACGACAUUGGCACGCACUUGCAGGAGGUCGGCCGGGAGUACGGGACGACCACCGGUCGGCGGCGACGCUGCGGGUGGCUUGAUCUGGUGGUGAUGAAACACUCCUGCCUGAUCAACGGCUACGACUCCUUGAACCUGACCAAGCUCGAUGUGCUCGACGAUCUCGAGGAGAUCAAAGUGGCUGUCAAGUACGUCAUCAACGACAAGGAGCUCGCAGGCUUUCCCGCCGACCUCGAGGAGCUCGCCAAGGUUGAGGUGGUGUAUGUCACUUUGCCUGGGUGGAAGCAGUCAAUCGCAGAGGCAAGGACGAUAGAAGACCUCGCUGAGAACUGCCAGAAGUACAUCGGGUUCAUCGAACAGUUCCUGGGUGUACCCAUAGAAUGGAUUGGUGUUGGUCCGGGGCGAGCGAGCAUGGUGAAGAAAGAAGGGUUUCUGGUACAAUAA